AAUACUUUUCUGAAUAACGUCACUUAUCUGAAAGGACACCAUGUAUUCUUAGAAGAAGGCCAGAGAUGGAUUGAAUCUCAGGUCGGCGAGAGCAUCAACUUUGAUAGGUUAUUCUCCCUGGAACUGCAAUGGUUGAGACCUUUCCGUUCGUAUACAGAGCCCUGGAGAAUCCACACUACCCCUCCAGAGCUUCCGAGUAGAGCCAAAGUGGAAAGCCUUGCUUUCCCUGUCAUUAUUAUUGGCGCUAUGGACAUUCAGUCCUACGCGUCGGCAGCGCAAAAUUUUGUGACUCCGAUGAUUGAGGAGAUGACUGUAGACGGACUUCAGUCAUUGAUCAUGCUGGUGCAACUCCAAUAUUUCUUACGUGAUCUUCGGUCGGCGGCAGCGACGUUGUCCAUCGCCACACGCCUUAUUUAUACACUAGGUGCCCAUACUAUACCUAUUAACAUGGUCUCCGAAGCUUCCUUAUUUUUUUACGACAAAAGCGACACCAGGUGCCAUCUACACAUUUCCCUGAGGACAGGCCAGCCGCACUGUAUAAAUGAUGCACAUUGUGAGCUUACCUUAUCCUCCGGUUAUGUGCGGCUACACGACAUCAAUCUUCAACGUGGCUUGCCACAGAUAGACAAGCACAUGGUUCCUCUUUUUCCAUGGGAUCUACGUGUCUCGAUACUUAAAUCUAGAGUGCACCAAGAUCUCUACACGGCGCACGCCCUCCAGCAGUCCGUAUCUGAAUUAUCAUCGAGCAUUCACAGUCUUGAUGAGGCGCUAGAACGAUGGAGACAUGCGCUUCCCGCAGAUUUCCGACCUAACUUAUACUUUUCACCGGAAACGCCAGUCAGCGCCAAAGUGAACACAAUGGAGGUUAUACUGAGGCUCAGCUAUUACCAUUGCGUGACCGCCAUCCACGAAGCAAAUAGCAGGUGCCAAAUCUUAGGAAAUGAUCUUUCAGGAUCGAGACUCGACGGCGUUGCGUCAAAUAUAAGUCUUCCCAUUACCGCAAGUCGUUCAACAUUAUUAUAUCUCCAAAAGAUAUCGCCUGUGGUACGAAAUAACUGA